AAAUUGGUUACUGAUUUCAAAAAUUUAGGAAAUGAUAAACUCGAUAUUCUUGUGAAUAAUUCUGCUACUGGGCAUGAUGCUGGUUUGACAGAUUUUCCUGAGGAUGCGUGGGAUAAAAUCUAUAGCCUAAAUGUUAAAUCUAACGCGCUAAGGGUUUAUAUAUAUACUAGCUUUUUACCAUUACUUGAAAAGGCCAGUAAAAAACUGGUUGAUCCAUCAAGAGUUAUCAUAACCGGAAGCAUUCUUGGUAUCGGUGCAGGCGAGCUCAAAGUAGUGCAAGCACUUGGAUUAUGUACCCUAGCUUAUACUGAACUUGAUGAUAUAAGUCUUAGUGAAAUUCCUCAAGGUGAGUUAGACAUGGCUGGAGCGGCGUUAUACUUAGCUUCGCGUGCUAGUAGUUGGAUAUCUGGGAUUGAGCUUGUAGUCGAUGGUGGAACUCUCUUACAAUUUAGAUUAGAGGAUGUACAAAGA